AUGGAUUACUCGAGAACAUCCACGAUUUUCAUACGAUCCUUCUCGAAAGUUGUCACCGGCUGCCUUUAUCUGUUCGUGGCAAUGGAGCUAGUUGCGUUUUUCACGCAAUCAAACUUGACGGAGAAGCAGGAAAAUGACAGAUUGGUAUUCGGCUGCUCGCAUCCUCUAUUGGUAUUUUACUACGAAAGCAUAGACUACUAUAAUAGUACGAUAAAGCUGAUUUUGUAUACAUUGUCGGUGGUCCUAAAAGAGGUUUACAACGAUGAGGAGAUAGAGAAACGAAUGAUAAGGAAGUCUAAGCUGUAUUCGGCCGCUUACAUAUUUAGUUUUAGUAGUUCUCUGAUAUCUUACGGUUUCGAUGGACUAAUGCAAGUUGUGAACGGAGAUGGCACCUUUACCACAGUAAUAACCGCUUGGCCCAAGGUAGAGGAUAGGAGCGCUUGCGCUAAUGUUUCACGUGUUCUAAGCUACUUGAUUUGGUGGCUGUUCAUGAUUCGCGUAUCGGCGGUAUACGUUCUUAUCAUAUCUUUAACGAUUUGUCUGAGCCACCAGUACAUGAGCCUGCAGAGCUACUUUUACAGUCUGCAAAGAAUUUUUGAGGGAACUGAAUCAACUCAGGCUGAGAAAGAGAAAGCGUACGAGGAAUCUGUGAAGAUUGGAAUUCAACUGCACGCCGACACCCUUUGG